UUUUCAGAACAACUGAACAUAGAAGAAGAGAGAGAAGAAUUCCCUGGUUCUCCAUCCCAGCUGAACGUAAAAGAAGAGAGAGAAGAGUUCCCUGGUUCUUCAGAACAGCUGAACAUAGAAGGAGAAGAGACAGAGCAGUUCCCCGGUUCUCCACUUCAGCUGAGGGGCUUAAAAGAGGACAGCGAGGAGACCCUGCGUUCUCUGUACAGUCUGAGGAGCGUAUCUGUAGUGCUGGUGGACUGCUGUAGACCACAAGGACGGCAGGAGAACGAUGAAGAGAACCACAGAGAUGCCGAGCCAAGGAAGAGAUCUGGGCACCUGCUACUCUGCAGUUCCAGCGGAGCGGAGUUUAGUGGAAAAACACAUUCUGCUGCCUUCACUACAGAGAGGCCGUACCCUUGCAGCCAGUGUGACAAGAGCUUUAAGAGAAAAGGACACCUCCAUGCCCACCAGCGUGUUCACACAGGGGAGAAACCAUUUUCAUGCAAAGACUGUGGGAAGAGUUUCUCAGAUUCCUCUACCCUCCACACACAUAAUCGUAUUCACACUGGAGAGAGGCCGUACCCUUGUAGCCAGUGUGACAAGAGCUUUAAGAGAAAAGGACACCUCCAUGCCCACCAGCAUGUUCACACAGGGGAGAAACCAUUUUCUUGCUUAGACUGUGAAAAGACUUUCUCAACGGCUGCUACCCUCCAGCUGCAUCGCCGCAGUCACACAGGAGAGAAGCCAUACGCUUGCAGUCAGUGUGACAAGAGCUUUAAGAGAAAAGAUGAGCUCCAAAUCCACCAGCAUGUUCACACAGGGGAGAAACCAUUUUCAUGCAAAGACUGUGGAAAGAGUUUCUUGCAGUCUUCUCACCUCAACAUACAUCGCCUUAUUCACACUGGAGAGAGACCGUACUCUUGCAGCCAGUGUGAUAAGAGCUUCAAGUUAAAAGGAGACCUCCAAAGGCACCAGCGUGUUCACACAGGGGAGAAACCAUUUUCGUGCACUGACUGUGGAAAGAGUUUCUCACAGUCUUCUCACCUCCACACACAUUGUCGCAUUCACACUGGAGAAAAGCCAUAUGUUUGCAGCCAGUGUGACAAGUGCUUUAAGACAAAAACAAAGCUCAAAAUGCACCAACGUGUUCACACAGGGGAGAAACCAUUUUCAUGCACUGACUGUGGAAAGAGUUUCUUGCAGUCUUCUUACCUCAACAUACAUCGCCUUAUUCACACUGGAGAGAGGCCGUACUCUUGCAGUCAGUGUGGCAAGAGCUUUAACAGAAAACAACGUCUCCAGAACCACCAGCGUUUUCACACAGGGGAGAAACCAUUUUCAUGCAUCGACUGCGGAAAGAGUUUCUCACAGUCUUCUCACCUCAACAUACAUCGUCGCAUUCACACUGGAGAAAAGCCAUAUGUUUGCAGCCAGUGUGACAAGAGCUUUAAGAGAAAAAAUGAGCUCCAAAUUCACCAGCAUGUUCACACCGGGGUGAAACCAUUUUCAUGCAAAGACUGUGGAAAGAGUUUCUCACGGUCUUCUAACCUCCACACACAUCGUCGCAUUCACACUGGAGAAAAGCCAUAUGUUUGCAGCCAGUGUGACAAGAGCUUUAAGAGAAAAGAACAUCUCCAGAAUCACCAGCGUGUUCACACAGGGGAGAAACCAUUUUCAUGCAAAGACUGUGGGAAGAGUUUCUCAGAUUCCUCUACCCUCCACACACAUAAUCAUAUUCAUACUGGAGAGAGGCCGUAUUCUUGCAAUCAGUGUGAAAAGAGCUUUAGGACAAAACAAAAUCUCCGAAACCACCACCGUGUUCACACAGGGGAGAAUCCAUUUUCAUGCUUAGACUGUGAAAAGACUUUCUCAACGGCUACUACCCUCCAGCUGCAUCGCCGCAUUCACACUGGAGAGAAGCCGUACGCUUGCAGUCAGUGUGACAAGAGCUUUAAGUCAAAAGCAGAGCUCCAAAUCCACCAGCAUGUUCACACAGGGGAGAGACCAUUUUCAUGCACUGACUGUGGAAAGAGUUUCUUGUGGUCUUCUCACCUCAACAUACAUCGCCUUAUUCACACUGGAGAGAGGCCGUACCCUUGCAGUCAGUGUGGCCAGAGCUUUAAGACAAAAAGCAAUCUCCAAAGCCACCAGCGCGUUCACACAGGGCCAAAACCAUUUUCAUGCACAGACUGUGGAAAGAGUUUCUCACGGUCUUCUCACCUCCACACACAUCGUCGCAUUCACACUGGAGAAAAGCCGUACGCUUGCAGUCAGUGUGACAAGAGUUUUAAGAGAAAAGAACAUCUCCAGAAUCACCAGCGCUUUCACACAGGGGAGAAACCAUUUUCAUGCACUGACUGUGGAAAAACUUUCUCACAUUCUUCUACCCUCCACACACAUCGUCGCAUUCACACUGGAGAAAAGCCAUAUGUUUGCAGCCAGUGUGACAAGAGCUUUAAGACUAAUGCAGUGCUCCAAGUCCACCAGCGUGUUCACACAGGGGAGAAACCAUUUUCAUGCAAAGACUGUGGAAAGAGUUUCUCACGGUAUUCUACUCUCCUUGCACAUCGUCGCAUUCACACUGGAGAAAGGCCGUACGCUUGCAGUCAGUGUGACAAGAGCUUUAAGUCAAAAACAGAGCUCAAAAUGCACCAACGCGUUCACACAGGGGAGAAGCCAUUUUCAUGCAUAGAUUGUGGAAAGAGUUUUUUGUCAUCUUCUAAACUCCACAAACAUCGUCGCAUUCACACUGGAGAGAAGCCGUAUGCUUGCAGUCAGUGUGACAAGAGCUUCUCUCAGUCUGGUAGCCUUCAUGCACAUCGCCGCAUUCACACUGGAGAGAAGCCGUAUGCUUGCAGCCAGUGUGACGAGAGCUUUAAGAGAAAAGAACAUCUCCAGAAUCACCAGCGUGUUCACACAGGGGAGAAACCAUUUUCAUGCAAAGACUGUGGGAAGAGUUUCUCAGAUUCCUCUACCCUCCACACACAUAAUCAUAUUCAUACUGGAGAGAGGCCGUAUUCUUGCAAUCAGUGUGAAAAGAGCUUUAGGACAAAACAAAAUCUCCGAAACCACCACCGUGUUCACACAGGGGAGAAUCCAUUUUCAUGCUUAGACUGUGAAAAGACUUUCUCAACGGCUACUACCCUCCAGCUGCAUCGCCGCAUUCACACUGGAGAGAAGCCGUACGCUUGCAGUCAGUGUGACAAGAGCUUUAAGUCAAAAGCAGAGCUCCAAAUACAUCGCCUUAUUCACACUGGAGAGAGGCCGUACUCAUGCAGUCAGUGUGACAAGAGCUUUAAGUCAAAAGCAGAGCUCCAAAGGCACCAGCGUGUUCACACAGGGGAGAAACCAUUUUCAUGCAAAGACUGUGGAAAGAGUUUCUCACGGUCUUCUCACCUCCACACACAUCGUCGCAUUCACACUGGAGAAAAGCCGUAUGUUUGCAGCCAGUGUGACAAGAGCUUUAAGAGAAAAGAACAUCUCCAGAAUCACCAGCACUUUCACACAGGGGAGAAACCAUUUUCAUGCACUGACUGUGGAAAGAGUUUCUCACAUUCUUCUACCCUCCACACACAUCGUCGCAUUCACACUGGAGAAAAGCCAUAUGUUUGCAGCCAGUGUGACAAGAGCUUUAAGACUAAUGCAGUGCUCCAAGUCCACCAGCGUGUUCACACAGGGGAGAAACCAUUUUCAUGCAAAGACUGUGGAAAGAGUUUCUCACGGUAUUCUACUCUCCUUGCACAUCGUCGCAUUCACACUGGAGAAAGGCCGUACGCUUGCAGUCAGUGUGACAAGAGCUUUAAGUCAAAAACAGAGCUCAAAAUGCACCAACGCGUUCACACAGGGGAGAAGCCAUUUUCAUGCAUAGAUUGUGGAAAGAGUUUUUUGUCAUCUUCUAAACUCCACAAACAUCGUCGCAUUCACACUGGAGAGAAGCCGUAUGCUUGCAGUCAGUGUGACAAGAGUUUCUCUCAGUCUGGUAGCCUUCAUGCACAUCGCCGCAUUCACACUGGAGAGAGGCCGUAUGCUUGUAGUCAGUGUGACAAGAGCUUCUCUCAGUCUGCUCACCUUAAGACACACUUGUUGUCACACUUGAGAGAGUAAAUCAGUUGCUGUUGCACUUCAGAGAGGCUGUACGCUUGCAGCCAAUGUGACAAGAGCUUUAAGACUAAGAAUCUCCUCAUAUUUCACCAACACGUUCACACAGUAGAGAAACCUUCUCAUGUGCUGACUGUGGAGAAAGCUUUAGGAGGAAAGCAGACCUUAACCCUAAAGCGACCGACUGGGGUCAUUUAUGACCCCGGACACAUAUUUUCAUACACCAUUUCUGCAAUUUUCAUCAGAAAAACUUGUCCUUCUAGGAGUUUGUCAAUACAUAUGUUGUGCAUACGGAGAAUGAUUUUUGUGUGGACCAUCUAUAUGGGAUUUAUAAUCAAAACACCUCUGGGGUCAUUUAUGACCCCGAGAGGAUCCAUGAGAUACUCAACAUUUUAAUGUCCAUUGUUGUUGUAAUUUUCAAACUCUGGUUUUUGUAUUUUGUGUC